CAGCUGUUUUCUGUGAUGGUGCUAUUGCGUGAGUGGGUCGAUUAACAAAACAGUGUGUUACUUUUCGCUAUUUCGUGUUUUCUGUACUUCUCCACCAAACACCAUGAGCGGCCACAAUAUCUUGACGCAAUUGGAGAGUAUCGAUGUCCUCGAUCUGCCUUAUGUGGAGCGCGAUCUGAACUCUGCUCAACUGGUGAGCCUGUCCUUCCUGCUGUAUGGCGACGAGCAUUCCACUGCCACGUAUAUUUUGCAAAAGCUCCUGGUGUUGACCCGCGCCGCUGCCUCCGACUGGCCGCCCACCGACAUCUUGAGCCAGUAUGCCAAAUCCAAGCCCCAAACCUGGCGCAAAUAUCUCGUGGAGGCUCUGUGUAUCAUCGGGGCGCGGCAGGUGCUGCGCAAACUCGGACUCUGCUGGCAGGAGCUGCGCAUGCACUACCUACCCCACGUUGGCAGCAUCCGUGUGCAUAUCCAUCCGCUGUUAAAGAGCCUGUACACGAUCUGUGAGGAGUUGUCGCUGGCUCAGAGGGGUCGAAUGGUGCUUGAUAUCAAGGAGAAGAACAGCGUCGGGGAUCCGCUGCGCUUCUAUGACCCUGAAUAUCUGGAGAUCUUUUUACUUGACUGGCUGACGCGACGUCUGAUACGGCUGGGCGACAUCAAUGCCAACGGCAGUGAUGUUCAGCUGCUAAUCGAAUACUUCAAGUUCAACGAUCUGCAUGCCCAGGCCACGCUGCUCGUCGAUACGGUCAACGCUUAUGCCACCUCCAGCUGCUCCCCUGCAACACCGAAUGUGCUGCUUCCAAUGGACGGCAAUGGCAUUGCCAACGAAAGCUCCACCCCUACGGCGGCUGCGUCCCGGCCCCGGGCCAAGAAUGCACUUCAGCUGAGUCGCGAGAAUGCUGGCAUUGCGCUGAUAAUCAACCAGCAGAAGUUUUACCGGGAUGGCAGCGAUGAUCACAAGGUCUACUUGCCGCCAAUUGAGUUGCCGCCACGCAAUGGCACCGAUAUGGACAAGCAGCGGCUAACUAAUGUCUUCUCCAAGCUUGGCUACAGGGUUGAGGCCCACGAUAAUCUCGACCAUCUGUCAAUGCUCCAUCAUAUACGGCAGGCCUGUCAGCGGUCCCUGCUGCACGAGUCUCUGGUGUUGUGUAUUCUGUCGCACGGCUUUGAGGAUGCUGUCUAUGGCUCUAAUAGCGUUGCUUUGCGCAUAUCGGAUAUCGAGAAUGUACUCUGUAGCUAUAAAAAUCUGUACGAAAAACCAAAGCUUGUCGUCAUCCAGGCGUGUCAGCAGGAGGACAAGGAAAACAAUUCCCUGCCGUACAAGAUCGAUGCCAGCACAAAGUCACCCUUCCAGUACUUGAAUAUGCUGCGAGCCAUGUCCACUGUGCCCGGUUUUCCAGCGCUGCGACACACCCAGACAGGCAGCUGGUUUAUUCAAUGUCUGUGCGAUGCCAUUGUCGAGCAUUCGAAUAGCGAUCAUAUUGCUGACAUUCUGACGAUUGUCAUCAAUAAUGUGGCCAACAAACGGGGCAACAAAAACGAGACCAUGGUACCCUGGACCGGCGGCGCGCUACGACAGCACGUUUACUUUCCGCGCACCAGCGCCACUGACAAGGUGGUUCCAGAUAGCCCCGGUCGGUAGAUCCCUCUUCAUUAAUUUUUUUAAAAUGUAUUUUUUGUAUUUGAACCUAUUUUUAAGCUAGGGGCGGCCCAACGUGCCGCCAUAAAAUAAGCAAAACGUUAACCAUUGCCCGUGACGGUAAAAAGAUUAUGGGGAGUGCGUCCAUAAAUGAAUUUGACAUAGAAACGUCCGUCCCUCAGGUUGUAUGUCCUAUAGCAAAGAAAUGUUACACACGAAUGGGCAGAUAAUUUUGUUUUUAUGUAUUAAGAUAACCCGGCACAAUUUUCGCAGCUUUUAUACAAAUGCCUUCCAUUUAAUGAAUGUUUCGAUGUACUGCCAUAUAGU